AAAGUCAAACGCAAAAGAGCCUCGCCUUCUCAACUUUCUGUUCUAAAUCGUGUGUUUAACCAGACCUACUUUCCGUCCACAGAACUUCGUAUCGAGCUAGGAAAACAGCUCGGCAUGAGCCCAAGAACUGUUCAAAUUUGGUUUCAAAACAAGCGACAGUCGGCUCGU